GCCCCCAAUAUGCACGUGUGACGUAAAUUUGUUUUGCACGGUCGCAUGACUUGUGUUACAUCAGCCAGCAACAAGUAAGCUUACUUUUGCAUCGAAGGGUCGAUCCAGUGUCGAGUAGUCUGCUUCGAGCGUUACACCACUUUUUAAAGCCUUUCUGAUGUGGUCCGGACCAAAUUAAGAUCCCGUAGAUUAACAAACAACACCUUGAAGUGGCAGAGCCUGAAAGCAGCGCAGCAGCUCGCACACAAAAACAGCGCAAAAUGAGUAAAAUCUACCAGGUUGUGGUUCAUGGUUUGAUGGGGCAGAAGAAGGAGAUCGACCUGUGCGACUCAGAGGAGCAGCUGCAGACAAUGACUGUGCUGCAGCUGAAGGAGAAGAUAGCAGAGAGUUUUCCCGAGUACGCAGAUGAAUUUGGUAGGCUCACCGUAGGACUGCACCUUAGAGAGAAUGUGAGAGACUCCACCCUGCUGUCUGAAUGUGGAAUCCAACACAUGUCCGACCUUCAGCUUGAGCGCACGGUCCUGGUGAAAAAUUCAAAUGGGAAGAUGAUUAAGAUCAACUACGAUGAGGGGAUGACAGUGGACAAUCUGAGGGCAAAGAUGCAAUAUAAGGAAGGCACCCCCACAGAUCAGCAGAGACUGAUCUACGGAGGAAAGAAAUUGCAGCAUGGCAGACUGUCUGACUAUGGAAUCCAACACAUGGAUACCAUUGAUUUAACGCUCAAGCUUCGAGGGGGAUGGCUUCCACCAGAGGAGGGCAAAGGAUGUGUCAUCCCAGAUACUGUGGAUGGUGCAAUGGGUGACAAGGAGGGCAGAAAUCAAAGUACGGAAAACUUCUCAAAUUUUAAAACCCCUUCAGGAUCUAACUGUGCCAUACUUUAAUGUCUCAUUUUCAUUCCACCGUCACACCAUUAGUGGCGGAAGUGACCCUGCUUGUAGCUCAAGUUCUGCUCAGGUGUGUGUAAGAGAACCUGUUCACACCAAGUCCUCAUCUAUGGACAGACUGGGACACUGUGUUUUAACCAUUGUUACUUGGAACAGAAGCACAGAGAUUUGUUUGGUUAAUUUAUAGCCACUUGGUACUAGUCACGGAAAAUAUAACCCUGUAUUUGAUGUUUAAAAGAAGAAAAGAUGAAAGCAGUUGAAUCUGCACCAGUUCUUCUGUUAAUUCUCUUUGCUUUGUUUGCUUUGACUUUCCAGACCUUAGUAUGAAACUGAAGCAUUUAUGUGAGCUCAUUGUCUGUUGUUUUUAUCCUAAAAUGUAAAGAAAAAUUUAGAAAUAUGCCAUUUUUGAAAAAAAUUUCUAACUUUGUUGGAGAUUACACCAUUUUUUGUCAUCAGUGUCAUAAUUGUUCAGUGUUAUUAGAGGAUUGACCUAUAGAUGGUGCUACAGAUCUUCUGGGCCUCUGCAAAGUUUACUCUAUAUUAAGUUACUCAGUAUGAAAGCUUAUGGCCUUCAGGUCUGCACAUUUUUACACUUCUUUACCUACGUGAGCAGAAUUGAGCACCUUUCCACUACGCUACAUGUAAAAUAAAUGUUUAAUAUUUUGAAAUUUAUAUUGCAUGUGAAUAAAUGUUACAAUUUCACUGUCAACAUGCAGGAAGUUCAGUCACAUACAUAUAUGGAGAAAACAUCUAAUAUUCAGCAUUUUAUUCUCUUGGCUUUUCUUGUUAUUCAACAUUGUUGUGUCAUUAAACUUAUUUUAUGUCAUAAGAUUUUUUGAUUGAUGCUAAAAAAAUUAAAUAAAAUUAUAGCCUUGGACCAAUGUUUUAUGCAAGAUUAUUAUGUUUUUGAGAUUGAAAUAAAUACAUGGAUGAAA